ACUUGUCGAGAAUUUUGAAGUUCUCUUAUGUUAUAGUGCCACAGUGCCUUCACUUUCCUGAUCUUCUACCUUUUGCAUUUGACAGCAAAAAGGAAUUACUUGAAAUUAACGCUUCUCGUAGGUGCCAACCGCUGACUGGCUCAGUUAGUAAAGUAAGAUCCCUCGCUGGUUGUAGCGGAGACUCGGGAAUUCCGCCUACACCACUCGAGGGUGGGGUUAUCAGUUAUGGUUUAUGGAUGGAUUUGGGGAGGGGCCUCCGUUGUCUAGUCCCAUGAACCCAAAAAAUAAAAGGAAAGGGAGUUCAUAUUUUUUCAGGCUCUCAUCAGCCGGUGUAUCUAUCCAUCAAAGUCCCUAGAUGUAUUUGUAACUGAACCCUGGCAAUGAUUAUGGGAGUAGAGGUUCAGCUUUUUUGUCACAAUCCAAGGAGAAAAUAAUGAAUUGUAGCACAAGUUUUUGAUCUCAUAGUUGUUCCUGGGUGUUCUGUUAAAGGACAGAAAACAGCAAAGGUUUAUACAAUUUGAAAUUGAGGUUCUUUGUAUCAACGGAACUUUCUUUUCUUUUCUUUUCUGUUAUUUUGAGCAGCAUUGUAUCAAUUGAGGUUCUUUGUAUCAAGGGAACCUGGAAAUUCCCAAUUAUCUCAAUAAUGAUUUCAGCUAGUUAUGGGAAGGGAACAGAGGAAGUUCAGGAAGAACUAGGCUCAAGUCCAAUCUCAAAUGGUUCUAAAGGAAUGGCCAGAGUCCCAUUUCACAUGUCAUCAUCUCAAAGAGGACUGCUAGGCCAAGAAAACCCUCAAAAAGGGUCUCCAGAUGUUUCAACGGCUCUUCCUAGUAGAGUAGGGAUCCUGAAAUUUGGUUCAACUGGUCUUUUGGCUUCUCCAUCAGCUAAAUUCCUGCAAAUUGCUGAGGAAAGAGAUGAAGUUUCACGUUCAGUUCCUUCUUCUACUAGCCAAGGUUCCCAAAAUCGUUUUAAUUUGGUCUUUGUUCAGAAAAUUGAUUGGGCAUCUCUGAGGAAAAUCUGCAAAGAGUGGGUCAGAAAUCCAAUAAAUUUGGCCCUUCUUGUUUGGAUCACCUGUGUUGCUGUCUCUGGUGCUAUCCUCUUCCUCGUCAUGACUGGAAUGUUGAACAAUGUCCUACCAAGGAAAUCCCAGAGAGAUGCCUGGUUUGAAGUCAAUAAUCAAAUCCUCAAUGCCCUCUUUACACUUAUGUGCCUUUACCAACAUCCUAAGCGGUUCCACCACCUAGUGCUUUUAUUCAGAUGGCGACCAGGGGAUAUCUCUAGACUCAGAAAGAUUUACUGCAAAAACGGAACUUAUAAACCCCACGAAUGGGCCCAUAUGAUGGUUGUUGUUGUUCUACUCCAUGUGAAUUGUUUUGCUCAGUAUGCCCUUUGCAGCCUUAACUUAGGGUAUAGGAGAUCUGAGCGACCUGCUAUAGGAGUUGGUCUUUGCCUUUCUAUUGCAAUUGCAGCACCUGCAACUGCUGGACUCUACUCAAUUCUUAGCCCUCUUGGAAAGGAAUACGAAUCUGAAAUGGAUGAGGAAGCACAUGUUCAGAUUAUCACUAGCUCCCCAAGAAACAAGUCAUUAGAGAAGAGAUUCUCAUUUGCAUCAAGAAGUGAGGAAAGGGUUGUUGAGAAUAACCCUCAGUGGAGAGGUGGGUUGUUUGAUUUCUGGGAUGACAUCUCUCUGGCAUAUCUCUCAUUUUUCUGUAGUUUUUGCGUCUUUGGGUGGAACAUGGAGAGACUUGGGUUUGGAAAUAUGUAUGUUCACAUUGYGACUUUUCUUUUAUUUUGUAUGGCUCCUUUCUGGAUUUUCAACCUGGCUGCAAUCAAUAUUGACAAUGARGUUGUUAGGGAGGCAUUGGGGGUGACAGGGAUCGUGCUUUGUGUAUUUGGUUUGCUGUAUGGGGGCUUCUGGAGGAUCCAGAUGAGGAAGAAGUUCAAAUUACCUGAUAAUGGCUUCUGUUGUGGUAAGCCAGCAGUGAUUGAUUGUGCACAGUGGCUUUUCUGUUGUUCAUGCUCUCUUGCCCAGGAAGUUAGGACAGUAGAUUUUUAUGAUAUUGUGGAAGAUAAAUUAUAUAAAAGGCAAACUGAAGAGGGUUACCGGGCAACACCUUGUGAAGUUGGCUCUUUUCAGUCCACUUCUGGCUCAAGUUCUCUGCUUCAGAACAACUCUAGUCCAUCAAAGCCUAGGACGGAAAGCUCAUCAAGUCCGAGUGGAAUUUCAAAAGAAUAUUAUAAUCCUGACAUGCGGCUAUUCAUGGUCGAGGAAGAGUCUUCUACAAAAGGUUUUAACAUCAAUGCUACAAAAAGCUAAAGAAGAAGGCUCCAUAGAAGGAAUAAAAAAUUGCAAAGGUGCUCCUUCAAUGAUACAUCUCUUCUUUGCUGAUGAAUGUUCCCUCUUCUGCAAAGCAGAGCCCUCUCAAUUGCAAAUGUUUAAAGGAAUCAUGGAAUUUUUGAGGAGAUGGAAGGACAACACAUAUAGAAGACAUCAAAGAUAUCUUUGGCAUCUUAUGGGACUGAAGCAAAGGAGCCUAAAUGAUAAAUAUUUAGGUUCUAAACUUUGGGCGGGAAAAAUAAAUGGAGGGAGUAUGAAGAGGUAGUAGAAAGAGUUAAGCAGAGGAUUGAAGCAUAGCAAGUCAAAACACUGUCACAAGCUGGAAGAACAACACCAAUUCAAUCUGUAGUUUAAGCUAUUCCUAUGUAUCAAUAGCAAACAAUCUUGCUUCUGGUUAAAAUUUUAAAAGAAUUGGAGAUUGAAAAAAAACCAAUUUUGGUGGAAAGGAAAAGCAAGAAGAAAGGGACUUUGAACUAUAGAAUGGAGAAAGGUAGAACAACCCAAAAAUGAGGGAGUUGGGUGGAAAUGCUUUUUGAUAUAUAUAAGAUAUCAAAAAAAAAAAAAAGAAGCCUAGUAAUAUGGUAGCAAGUAAAAUGAGACAGGAAGGAAAUGUGGUGAUAAAAAAUUGUCCACCAAGCAGGUUAAGGGAUUAGUUUUUUUGGGCCUAACACAGUAUGGUGAUGUAAAUUGAAGUUAGUUUAAUGAAUUAUUGUCCUUUUUUUUGCCAAAAUAACAGAUGCCCUUUAUCACAUUGCUUCUCCAUUGCAAAGUUCAUUCAUAAAAAGCUAGCAGACUCUGGAUCAAAUUUUGAUUGUUGAUUACGUAGUAGAGAAUAUAAAAACUCUAGCAAAAGUGGUAGCAGGUAAAAAGUAUAGCUUUGGAAAGAGCAUAAAAUCAUGCCAAUUGGGGAUUCUUUGAUUUUCAUUUUGGAAAAGUUAGGUUUUGAAUAAUGUUCCUGUAUUAGUUAAGUCCACUUCGAUCUGGGAUCUGUAACUUGUCCUAAAAUCUGAGCAGCUACUUGUGGC